AUGUCUGGGAAGGACCUUGCAUCUGUGAUUUUGAAAUGUUUAAACGAAGAGUUGAAUUUGAACAUUCAGGACUGUCGUGGGCAGGGGUAUGAUGGCGCAGGUGCUGUUGCUGGAUGCAUUAAUGGUCUUGCUGCAAGGAUUAAGAAUUUGAAUGAGAAAGCCAUUUACACACAUUGUUUCAGUCACAGAUUAAAUCUUAGUAUUUGUGGGACUUGUGCUGUUCAGUAUGUAAGAAAUGUUUUGGAACAUGUGAAGGAAGUGGCUAACUUUUUCAACUCUUCCCAAUGCAGACAACUAAUUUUGGAGAAAUGCAUUGGAGAACGCUGUCCAGAUUCUGCAAAAAAGAGAUUGAAAAGUGCUUGUAAGACAAGAUGGGUCGAGCGUAUUACUAGCUUAGGUACUUUUGAAGAACUGUAUGUUGCUAUUGUUUUUUCCUUGAAAGAAAUGAGUUUUAACGUCGAAGGCAAGUGUAAUCGUGAGACCUCUAGUAAAGCUUCCCCUCUGUUACAUCUUUUGACAUCUUUUGAUUUUAUUGCAGCACUCGUAAUAACUAGAUGUAUUUUUGAUCUUACUCUUCCAGUUACUCAGUUACUUCAGUCUUCUAGUAAUGAUAUUGCUGACGGUUUGAACUUGAUUGAGGCAUUAAAAACAUUGUCGAGAACUGUAAGAAAUGAAGUCGAUGUUUAUCAUGCUAACUGGUACAGUAUUGCAUUGACGAUGGCAGAAAAGGUGGGUGUUGAAGAGAAAAAACCUAGAACUUGUGGUCGUCAGGCAAUUAGAAGUAAUGUUCCGUCUGAAUCUGUAUCUGAUUACUUUAAGAAAACAAUAACCAUUCCUUUAGCUGAUCACUUGUGUUCUGAGUUAGAAAAACGGUUUGAUUCAUCAGCAACUAGCAUAUAUUAUGGCUUGUUUUUAAUUCCAUCCAAGUUACUUUUAUGUCUUUCUUGUGGCGUUUCUUGGAAGGAAAACUUUUAUUCAUUUUCUUCUUUGUUCUUGGAUGAUCUUCCAAAUCCAAAGGCUUUAGAUGGUGAACUUGAUCUCUGGCAGAAAUACUGGGAAUCGUCUUCUACAACUUGUCUUCCUGAAAAUGUCUCUUCUACUUUAAAGUCGGUAAAUUUUCCAGGUUUUGAGAACAUAAAAGUAUUGUUAAAGAUCUUAGGUACUAUUCCAGUCACUUCUUGUGAGUGUGAGAGGUCGUUCUCUGCUUUGCGAAGACUAAAGAACUAUACAAGAAGUACUAUGGCUGCUGACAGGUUAAAUGGUCUUGCUUUAUUGUAUAUUCAUCAGGACAUUAAUCUAGAUAUAGAAAAAUUAUAG